UCAGACGUGCCAACAGCAUCCACUACUGCUUGGAGACACAGAAACACACUCUGAGAGACAGAGAGAGAGACCGAGAAGGACAGAGAGACAUUUUGAAAAGCCACCAAAGGCCUUUUUUUACCAGUGAGACAGGAGGAGCUUACCUGCAGGAUCCAAGAUGGUGUCUCAGUGUCGGCAGAUGAUGGGGUUCAUCCUGGGAAUCAUUGGCUUCAUCGGCAGCAUUGUGAUCUGUGCGCUCCCCAUGUGGCGUGUCACCGCCUUCAUCGGCGCCAACAUCGUCACGGCGCAGGUCAUCUGGGAGGGCCUGUGGAUGAACUGCGUUACACAGAGCACGGGCCAGAUGCAGUGCAAGAUCUACGACUCCCUGUUGGCCCUCUCCCAGGACCUGCAGGCUUCCCGGGCGCUUGUCGUCAUAGCCAUCAUCGUCUGCGUCUUCGCCAUCAUCCUGGCCAUCGGCGGUGGCAAGUGCACCAACUUCGUGGAGGACGAGGGGAGCAAGGCCAAGGUGGCGCUGGCCAGCGGCGUCCUCUUCCUCAUCGCCGGUGUCCUCGUCCUCAUCCCCGUCUGCUGGACGGCCAACACCAUUAUCCGGGACUUCUACAACCCCAUCAUGACCAACGCCCAGCGCAGGGAGCUGGGGGCCGCGCUCUAUAUUGGCUGGGGAACGGCCGCCAUGCUGCUGCUGGGAGGGGGCCUGGUGUGCAGCAACUGCCCCCCCAAGGAGGAUGACGACUACCCUGUGAAGUACUCACAGGCAGCGAGGUCUACCGCCACCAGCCGUGCCUACGUCUAAGGACAAGGACACCUAACUUGUUUCUCUUUGCUCCGCUCUGCUGUGCUCAAUCACGCCUGUUGACACUCAUUGAGGGACAAGGGACAGAAAGGGACAUUGACUGCAAUGGCUACAACAAGGGACAUUGUUUUGGUGUAGAUUCUUCGGAUCCUUGUAGUCAUGGUUGCUAGUAGACCACUAUACUAUUAGUGGUUCGUGGUUGUUAUGACUACUGAUUGACCUUUAAUAGACCUAGUUUUGGGAUGAUGGAAUCUUGCCAGUUUUAUGUUUUUGUCCAUGGCACCCACUGGAUAUGCCCUGUAUGGAAGACAGGGGAGGCCAAUUUUACUGGGACUGAGUUGGAGGGAAGAAGGAAGGGGCAAAGUGAUUGUUUUUUUUUAUUAUUUGAAAUUGCCUCGUGGACUGAAGUGUAUGUGCAGUAAGUUGACCAACCAUAAUGUGUGUGGUUGAUUGUUUGACACAUCAAAGUAAAUAUUGAGAUUAAUUUUGUGUAAUGAUAUGGUAAAAAAUAUCACUAUAUUAUGAUUAGUCAUUUGUGUUUUUUUGACUGUGAAAUAAGACGAUGGAAGGAAGCUCAAUUUGCUAUUUAAACUCUGUUCUGUAUAUUCUGUGUACCUUUGAAAUAAAAUAACGAACAUUUAAAUUUUACAUG